AUGGUUGACAUGCGUCGUGAUUUGCGAGAGCAAGGAAUUAAGGUCUUGAAUUGGGAACGUCCUGCACAAAACAAGCUUGGGAAUGGGAAUCAUUUGUUGGCAAAUGGAGAGUGGAAUCUCCAAGGAUUCAGCUUCGAUAGCUCCACUGACCAGGCAACGGUUGGUGGUGGUACGCUUCUAGGCAGUCUGAACGAAGCCCUCUGGAACUCCGGCCAGCGGCGGGCCUCAUUAUGGAUCAUAUCUCCGAGAUGGAAGUUGUCCGCUACACUGACCGCUUCCUCCACCGGCAUCCUUUUGUACGGUACUUUUCGCGGCACCCAGGCCGACUUUAACUCCCUAAACAUCCUGGGCAACUUCACCACCCCGGGCGCUGUGAGCGUUGAGGUGUAUGACAACUUCCGCCAACUUUCAGUAGACUGGGACGCACUAUUGAAGCAGGCUGUUUCCGCACAGCGGGGGUACUUUUACGCCAAGUCGCUUCUCUGGUCCCAGGAAACUCAGAUUCCCGACGACGUCGUAGAUCAUCUGGUGGAAGCUUGGGCUAACAGCGACUCUGGGCAGUACUGUGACAGCGACAAUACUACACAGGAUGUCUCCCUGGAUUUUGAGCUUCUUGGGGGUUUUACAUCGACCAUCUCCGCAUCAUCCACAUCUUAUCCCCAUCGCGACGCCAAAUUUGCAUUCCUGCUUUACUCUCGUACCAACAACACGGUGCCUCAAAUCGCAGUGGACACGCUAAAUUUUCUCAAUGAUAUCGUCAAAGGAAGCAACGAAACCGCUUUUCACGGCCAAUAUGCCGGCUUCGUUGACCCCAGGCAACCAUUAAGAAGUGCACAAAAAGCCUAUUGGGGUGUCAAACUGGAGAGGCUCGGUAAAGUCAAAAGGGAUAUAGAUCCGCAGGACGUUUUCCAUAACCCCCAAAGUAUCAGCAUUACUUCAAGCUAACUGCUACGUGAUGCUGUACAUGUGUUCGUGCUAGUUUUUUUCUUGAAAGACCCGAAGCGGCGAUAUGCGGCGAGGACUUAUGUAGAAGUCGAGGGUUUGGGAAUUGGGAUUGUUGGUAUGCAAGAUGGUUACACUCCGAAGCUUACGCGCUCGAGAAAUUGUUUCCGUAGCUCGGAGUUUCCCCAGAGCCUUGCGUUUGUAAAUCUCCGACCAUAACAGUCUUCUACAUUGAGGAAUUAUUUCCUCCCGACGUAGCAUCGUGUUGUCAUCUGCAUGCACUCAGGAUCCAAUCGGCAACUCAGAGCCUCGCCAGCAUGUGAGCAGAAUAUAAAUCCUUCAAUUUGCCCGUUACGACUCAGAUUC